UACCCGUUGCCAUGGUGAUCUAUAGAGCCGGAAAUCCGACGCUGACCCGGAAAUGAUGGGCAGCGGGGUCGCCAUCAAGAUGGCGCAGCCCUGUACCGGUGGAGGCGCCGCCGUCGCUGCAGCAGCUGCCCCGGAGUUCAGCCUCGCCAGCUGCGCCGCCGCGCUGGAAGCGGUGCUGGGCGGGAGGGACGGCCGUGUCUGGUUCAAGGAGAGCAGCGGGCGCAACCUGAGGUCCCGCGACUGGAUCGCACCCAGAGGGGCUCUGAGCAAACUCUACCCGCAGGGUCAGGUUCCCGGAGAUCUCAUCGAAAGGCUGCUGUCAGAGUAUGGUCACCGCCUGUAUAUACGCAGCUGCAUCCAGACAGGAGCUGGAUUGGUGAUUCACUUGGACCAUCCUGCCCUUUUUCAGCAGGUGCUGAGCAAUCUCCCUCUCUACACACGACCUCUGAAGUCUGUAUUGCCAAAGAGGAAAUGUGUGAUUCUGAACUGCGCACCGUUGCAAGGGAGUAGGGGACCCGAAUCAAUGACAAUUAAUCAUUUACGAACUAUCCUCCUGGCAGACCAUCUUGCUGAAGUGUUAAGACAACAAGGCUAUGUUGUACGUGCAGUGCCAAAUCUUCAGCAAAAUGCUGGAGUCUGCAAGUUCCUGAGAUCAUUCGGCGUCAACUGGACAUCCUCCCUGGAAACUGUGUCAGACGACAGAAAAGUUUCUGACUUCAAGAAGAUUCUCUCAGAGUCAGUUUACACAGAGUGUGGGCAGAUGGAUACCCUUUCAAAUCAGACUUGUCUCACGCUGCCAAAAGGGGUUGGCUACAAAGUGAAUCUAAGACUGUUUCUGAAGGAGAAGGAACUAGAAGGUUAUGACACAAACUUGAAUGUGGCUUUGGUGCAGGAGGAAACCCUGAGACAGGUAGCAGAACUUCAAAACACAGUCUUACAGGUGGAUGCAGCAGACCAAUGCACGGCAAUCCACGUGGUGGGCUGUGAGGAGGAGUUUCAGCAGCAGAAGAUUGAUGUUCUCUGGCGGAUACUCAGCAGUGAGACUGAUCGAGUAACUCAGAGACAUCUUGUGUGUGGCUCAGUGAGAACAAAAGGUGAACACUCUCAUCUCAGUGCUGUUCAGUAUUUUCAAUUUCGAAAAUCUCAAAUGCUCGAAGCAUCUGUAAUGAAGUAUGGAAACAUAGUGCAAGGUGAUUCAUGGGCUGAAAUCAUCAAUAACAUGACCUCAGCUGUUAUCAAGUUUGAACUACUGGCAACUUCACACCGCAAUCCUCUGAAUUUGGACUUGGCACAAGGUGUCAAUAUCUCGACCAAAGGAACGAGGAGUGGCGCAUUUGUAAUGUACAACUGUGCAAGGCUUGCAACACUGUUUGAUCAUUUCAACAAUUCCGUGGAGAAAGGAUUGUACCCACGUUUCCCAGAAAUAUCCCAGUUGAAUUUUCCUGUACUCCGGGAAGAGGGGGAGUGGCUGUUGUUAUAUAAUUACAUUAUUCCGUUCCGAGAAGUGUUUGUCCAGAUUACACAUUCCAUGAGUUCAACAAAAGAUAUCCAUCUGAAUGUCAACUCAGAAACGCUGUGCAAAUUCCUUGUAAACCUCAGCAUGGAUUUCAGCUCCUAUUACAACCGUGUGCACAUCUUGGGCGAACCCCUGGAACACUUGUUCAACCAAAUGUUCACUCGCCUGCAGUUGAUGAAAGGACUGAGAGAGGUUUUUCAUACAGCACUGGGUACAUUUCACAUCCUACCGCCCAGCCAGCUCUGAGAAUCCAGCACGCCCAGUACUCCAUUCCACACCACCGGGUUGAAGGAACCUAGAAUAACAUGGACUUCUUCCACCUUUAUCAGCAACAGAUCCAUCGACUGAAAUGGAGCAACUGCGAAGUUUCUUUGUCAGUGCAAUAUCUCAGCCUGGGGCUUCUCCAGAUGAUCAGAUGUGACUACGGGAUGUCAUACGCCUGGCAGACGGAUGAUAGAACUGCUUCAUUCACCUUUCCUGUUAGCUAUCACCCUCUGCACAUCAUCCUAAGGGUCUACUUACCCAAACAUGAAACUGAUCUCUGGUUUGGCAAGAAGGAUAACAGAGGGACAUCCACAGUUCUUCAUCUUCCAUGAAACCGGUUCUGGCCCCUGUGACCCUCUCUUGAUCUGAACAAAUUCCAUUUCCUCUGUACUAAUUUAUCUCUGCUGUAUCUUAAAAUUAACUUUUUUUUUUUUUUAUAAGAUUGAAUUUUGGUUGGAAUCCAUCAACAAACACACAAAUUACUACUUGCUGUAUUCUUUAUAGCAUGGGUUGUCAGUGGAACUGACCAAUUGUUCACCUGAGCAAUGAGAUUAGUGUGACUCGGAAGAGAUCCUCAACAGUUAUGGGGCUGUCCCACUGUACGAGCUAAUUCAAAAGUUCUCCCGAGUUUCUCCUGAUUCGAACUCGGAGAAUUACGGUAACUCCUCGUGGGUACUCGGGGCUCUCGUGGACCUUUUUCAACGUUGAAAAAUCUCACGAGUCUUCACCAGCUUACCGCGUUUCCCGAGUACCUGCCGUUAGCGUUAAGAGCCGCUAAGAGAAGUACCGAGCUCCGACGUACCCGCAACCUACAUUCUACGUGCUUAACACAAGUUUGAUUUAUUUUUAAACUAGGGAGAGCUCUUGGGUAAACUCGUAUAGUCGGACAGGCCCCUUACUCUGGUCCUCAGCGGAGAUGUGCUAUUUUUUGAAGUGAGCCAGAGCAUCUCCAGUCAGUGUAAACAAUGGUAUGCAUGCGAGUCUCAUUGAAAAAAAAUUACAUUUGUACGGUCUCCAAAUGGUUUAGGACAUUUUUAAUUAAAAUGAAAUGUUACUGCAAACCAUUCAACAA